AUGGCGAAGAAGCCCGAUCCGAAUCAGAUAGUCUACGUGUACCUCCGCCAGUUGGGAGGCGAGGUUGCGCCUUCCUCCGUGCUGGCCCCUAAGCUCGGUCCUCUUGGUAUGUCUCCCAAGAAGGUGGGAGACGACAUCGCCAAGGAGACCGCCCACUGGAAGGGCAUCAAGGUCACGGUGAAGCUCACCAUCCAGAACAGGCAGGCCAAGAUCGAAAUCAAGCCCUCUGCGACGGCCCUGCUGAUCAAAGAGCUGAAGGAGCCGCCUCGUGAUCGGAAGAAAGUGAAAAACAUCAAGCACAGCGGCAACCUGACGUGGGAUCAGCUGAUGACCGUCGCACGCACUAUGCGCGAAUGCUCCAUGGCCAAGACCCUCUCCGGUACGGUGAAGGAGAUCCUCGGCACAUGCUUCGCUAUUGGUUGCACUAUAGACAACGAGAAGCCGCGCGUGCUCCAGGAGAAGAUCGACAACGGCGAGAUUGAAAUCCCCGCGCAGUAA